UCCCAAUAAAAUUCGCUCGCGCAAAUUCCUUCCGUCCGCCCCGGAUUUCCCGACGGGACACGCACGCGCGCGCCAGGAGUGCGCCCGUCCGACGGAAGGCACCGCGCCGAUUUGCGCCUGCUUGCUUGCUUGCUUGAUCGAUCCUCCAUCCGUCCGUGGUUGCGUCGUCGUCCGGGACAAGGAGGAGGAGCAAGGGGGUGUGAGGGAUUCCUGGUAUCUUCUUGAUUGGUUGGCUUCCUUGCCGCGGCGGGCGGGCGGGCGGGCAGCAGCACGACGACGGCGUGCUGCAAGAAGAUGCGGGCGCUGGAGGACGACCUCUUCCCGUCGACCCCCGGCAAGGUGAAGAUCGAGCGGGCGGGCGGCACGAUGAACCGCCAGCUGCACCGCUGCUUCGCUUCGACUAGUACCAUGUUCCUCUGGGCGCUCUUCCUCGUCGCCAUGACCGCCUCCUACCUCAGCUUCCAGUCCUUCGUCGACACCUCCUCCAAGUACUUCGCCGCCUCCUGGGGCGGCCUGCACUGGGAGCGCCAGAUCCGCGCCUCCGCCGCGCCGCGCAGGCCGCCGGGCUCGGCCGCCGGGGCCGGGAUGUCGGUGCUCGUCACGGGGGCGUCCGGGUUCGUCGGCGCGCACUGCUCGCUCGCGCUCCGCAAGCGCGGGGACGGCGUCGUCGGCAUCGACAACUUCAACGCCUACUACGACCCCUCGCUCAAGAAGGCCCGCAAGGCGCUGCUGACCUCCCACGGCGUGUUCGUCGUCGAGGGCGACAUCAACGACGGCCGCCUCCUCGCCAAGCUCUUCGACGUCGUGCCCUUCACGCACGUGCUCCACCUGGCGGCCCAGGCCGGCGUGCGCUACGCCAUGGAGAACCCGGCCUCGUACGUGCACUCCAACGUGGCGGGGCUCGUCACCCUCCUGGAGGCCUGCAAGAACGCCGACCCGCAGCCAGCCAUCGUUUGGGCCUCCUCCUCCUCGGUCUACGGCCUCAACGACAUGGUGCCCUUCUCCGAGUCGCACCGCACGGACCAGCCGGCGUCGCUCUACGCGGCCACCAAGAAGGCCGGCGAGGAGAUCACGCACUCGUACAACCACAUCUACGGGCUGUCCAUCACCGGCCUGCGCUUCUUCACGGUGUACGGGCCCUGGGGGCGGCCGGACAUGGCCUACUUCUCCUUCACCCGCAACAUCCUGCAGGGGAAGCCCAUCACGGUGUACCGGGGCAAGAACCACGUGGACCUCGCCCGCGACUUCACCUACAUCGACGACAUCGUCAAGGGCUGCCUGGGGUCGCUGGACACGGCCGGCAGGAGCACGGGCACCGGCGGCAAGAAGCGCGGGCCGGCGCCGUACCGGAUCUUCAACCUGGGCAACACCUCCCCCGUGACGGUGCCCACCCUGGUGGCCAUCCUGGAGAAGCACCUCCGGGUGAAGGCGAGGAAGCACGUGGUGGAGAUGCCCGGCAACGGCGACGUGCCCUUCACCCACGCCAACAUCUCGCUCGCCCGGCAGCAGCUCGGGUACAAGCCCGCCACCAACCUCGACGCCGGCCUCAAGAAGUUCGUCAAGUGGUACCUCUCCUACUACGGCUACACCCGGGGAUCCAAGAACUUGUGACCGCCGGCCUGCGCCCCGCCGCGCCGCCCGAAUUCUUCUCCUCCUCCUCCUCCCCCAACCCCUGCUGAUUCUUUAUUUGGAUCUCCUUCUCCGACCACUCCCGGAUCAAACAUUUUUAGUCCCAUGGAUGAUGGAUGGAUGGAUCGUCGCCGAACAUUAACAGCAUUCUUGUCUCGAUUCUUUUUGGGGAAAUGCUACGUUUUAUGGUGUUCUCCGAUCAAGAAAAAGAAAAUCAAUCCCGGAUCGAAUUCUUUCAUUCCCUUGCGCCGAGUGCCGACGAAGAAAGCAAUGGAGCGAAACCUUUUCUCAUUGUUUAUUUUCUUAUAAAUUUUUUCUCCCCUUGUUCAAUCUGUAAAGACAAAGUGGCUCUUGAUUAGUUUCUUCUUUUCCCCUCCCCAUCUACUACCAAAACUUUUUUCAAAA